AUGUCCUUCCAACCAGGAAUACCUUAUGUUUUGAUCAACACCAAGAGCAACACAGCUCUCGAUGACCGCAAGUGGACCUUUGAGAGCAUUGGUGCAGGUCUAUACAAUGUCAAGAACGGCACCGGGGAGUAUCUCGGACUGGAAGGUCUAAUCGAAAUCGGAAAGCGUUUAUCAGCAACGGAUACACCUCGUUUUUACUGGUCAAUUGAGAAGGAUCCAAGCUUUGAAAACAUCUACAGAAUUUUUGUUGGCAAGACCAAACUGAGCUUGGAACUCGCGAACAAUGGUAGUUCCGCUAACGAGACCCCUGCAAUACUCUGGUAUAAUGCACUUAGGCAGGGCUUCCGACUGUGCGUUGCCCAGCAUACUGCAUAUUGGGAGGGUACUGUGGUUGCUGGGGGGGGGAUAUGGAAUACGAAAAUAUGGUCUUGGACGGGCUUCUUGGAGAAAUCUGCCUAG